AAGGUCCUUAUUUAUUGCUUAAGUCAUUUGUGCAUUUAUUUAGUUUUAAAGAUGAUGUUUUGUGUACAGUUCCACUCGUUUCUAUCAUAACCUACACAUAUAAUGGCGUAAGUGUCGUUCGGAACAGCGAAUAUAAUCCUGCAAAUUACGAAUUCGCUUUUGGUUAGUGGUAAGUGGGCUACUCGCUGACAAAUUCCACUAGUGCUAGUAUAGCCUACACGUAUGAGAGAGAAGAUAGAUUUACUUGCAGAAUCAGUGGGCACACCUCUCCCGAAAACCAUUUAGUAGCCUACGGAACGGAAGCGAAUGACCAGUCAGUCGUAGGCAGAAGCUACAACAACAUAACUAAAAUGCAGGCUUGUGGUAAAAAAGGGCUGAAGUCUUUUAAGACAAGGCGAGGCUUAGAAUAAAAAGAGCCUUUAAUCCUUAAUCCGCGUUAAGAUUGUAUAGUGUGUUUGUGGACCGCCUGGAAGGUUAUUUUGUGGUUGAGCCCUCCCACUUCGGGUCGCCCGCACGGUGAGGUAGGCUAGUGAUCGAAGCAGGAAGGGACGUGAGGUAUUGAAUGCUAACACGGGGAGUGACUGUUCAAGCAGUUCUUAGGUGGGGGUUUAACAUCAAGCAAUGGAGACGUACAAUUAACCUGGCAUGUGCCAGAUCACAGUAGACGUUGAUCGCCAUCAUCAUCAUCAUCAUCAUCAUCAUAGGCACAACCAUCUUCAUCUUUCCAGUUGAGAGUGAAAUGUAUCGAGUCUGCAUGGGAUCCACAAACUGACAAUGGAGAUUGAAAACAUCGUGGCCAACACUGUGCUACUGAAAGCCAGGGAAGGUGGGGGGGGGAAGCGGAACGGCCGGAGCAAGAAGUGGAAGGAGAUGCUGAAGCUGCCGCACAUCAGCCUGUGUGAGGAGCUCCGACAGACCACAGGUACGCACUGCACAGAACGGGACUACUCCAGCCUGUGCGAGAGGCAGCCGAUUGGACGACUCCUCUUCCGGCAGUUCUGCGACACGCGGCCGGAGCUGAAGCGCUGCAUCGAGUUCCAGGAUGCUGUGGCUGCGUACGAGCUGGCUCCAGACGAGAAGAGGAGAGCCUGCGGACUGAGCCUUUUAGACACGUACUUUAAUAACGGGUCGGCAGCCCAUCUACCAGACAUACCUCAGGAAGUGGUGAGCGAAUGCAGGGAGAGGCUGGAGCAGAGUCCCUGCAAGGAGCUCUUCAAGGAGUGCACCAGGAUCGUUCGGGAAUACCUGAGUGGAGCGCCAUUCUCCUGCUAUCAGGAAACCAUGUACUUCUCCCGCUUCCUGCAGUGGAAGUGGCUGGAGAGGCAACCUGUAACCAAAAAUACCUUCAGACACUACAGAGUUCUGGGAAAAGGUGGAUUUGGGGAGGUGUGUGCGUGUCAGGUGCGGGCCACGGGUAAGAUGUACGCCUGUAAAAAGCUGGAAAAGAAGCGAGUGAAGAAGAGAAAAGGUGAAGCGAUGGCGUUAAACGAGAAACGCAUUUUAGAAAAAGUUAACAGUAGUUUUGUAGUUAAUUUAGCCUAUGCCUAUGAGACCAAGGACGCCCUUUGUCUAGUUUUAACGAUAAUGAACGGAGGGGAUUUGAAGUUCCACAUUUACAACAUGGGAAACUCGGGCUUCGACGAGCAGCGCGCCGUUUUCUACGCGGCGGAGAUCUGCUGCGGCCUGGAGGACCUGCAUCGGGAGAGGAUUGUGUACAGGGACCUGAAACCUGAAAAUAUCCUUCUGGAUGACCGUGGACACAUCCGAAUCUCUGACCUGGGGCUGGCAGUGCAGAUCCCGGAGGGGGAGACGAUUCGAGGGAGAGUGGGCACGGUGGGGUACAUGGCUCCGGAGGUGAUCCAGAACGAGAGCUACUCCUUCAGCCUGGACUGGUGGGGCCUGGGCUGCCUGGUGUUCGAGAUGAUCCAGGGCCAGUCGCCCUUCCGCCGGCGCAAGGAGCGCGUCAAGCGCGAGGAGGUGGACCGCCGCGUGCGCGAGGACCAGGAGGAGUACUCCGACAAGUUCUCCGAGGAGGCCAAGGCCAUCUGCCGCCUGCUAUUGGCCAAAGACCCGAAGGUGCGUCUGGGCUGCCAGGGGGGCGGGGCAGAGGUGAAGCAGCACGCCAUCUUUAAGAACGUCAACUUCAAACGCCUGGAGGCCAACAUGCUGGAUCCGCCCUUCAUCCCCGAUCCACGGGCAGUGUACUGCAAAGACGUCCUGGACAUUGAGCAGUUCUCCACCGUCAAAGGAGUCAAUCUGGACACCACAGACGAUGACUUUUACCACAAGUUUGUGACAGGAAGUGUCUCCAUCCCCUGGCAGAAUGAGAUGAUCGAGAUGGAGUGCUUCAAAGAGAUCAACGUGUAUGAGACGGACGGAACCCUGUGUCCCGACCUGGAUGUAAAUAGACCCAACCCCCCACCAAAGAGAGGCUUCUUCUACAGGCUGUUCCGCAGGGAGAAUUAAUGAAUAACAAAGUAAUUGAAGAAUCAACUGUCUGUUUUAAGAGUGGCUACAGUGAGGAGGAAGAGGAGCCCUCCAGAAUCUAAACCGCUCUGUCAGCCAAAACAUCGCAAUCCUAACAAAAUGAAUGUUUUACUGUAUUUAUGAAUUGUAUUAAAAGUGUAUUAUAAUUAAAGAAAGAAAUGUAUGAGUUUAAAUAUUUUGUACAUUUUUACUUGAAUUAUGUCUAGAUGUAUAUUUUCACUAAAGGUUGUAUUGUACAAAAAGCCAUAUAAGUACCACUUGAAUGCAUACAUAUUUUUUCUCCUUCAGAAUGAGUGUAAAAAUAAUGUGUAUUUAAGGAUUUUUUAAAUAAGCACAGUACGGUAACUGUAAUCUUAUUUUUUAAAUGUAGCAUAGGGCGUUGUGUCUUUAUCUUGUUUCAUAUUUUCGGCUGGCGUAUAGUGUCAGCACAUCCAGCUUUCACACAUACAGCUGCAAGGCCUGCUAACACACUUUCCCCCACAACCUUAGAGAUGUAUUUAAGGCACCUCCAGUAAUGUGAGAUUGUGGGUAGACAAGGGUUUGACUGUCGAAUCUCUGGCCAGGUGUGAAAUCUUCUUCACAGUGGACAGUUUUCUUAGCACGUUAACAUGAAAAGCCUAUUUUUGUUCUGUCCAUGCGGAUGACAUCAUGAUGUCAUCCACUUCCUAUAUAAGCACACCGUUUUGAUUCCUGGAAACAUGAAUACAUGUGCAUAUGUUUGACUCCCUGGUCAUUAUGGGAGAAAUAUAGAAAUGUAGGACUCUUGCUGAUGUUUCACGGUGAAGUCGUUUAUCCAACAACCAUUGGAAAGUUUUUUGUUUUUUUUAUUGUUUUUACCAAGGUGAUUAAAAUAUCUGUUACAGUUUUUAGAGGAGUUCCAUUCAUGUGUGUGGAAAGGUCCCACGUUGUGAUGCAAUGUGAUGGGAACCAUGGCUUUUGUGUAGAAAGGAGUGUGUGUGCUUGACUGAGUUCUGCCAUAAAUAUGAUCUCUUAAAAAAAACAAAAAAAAACAAAAAAAAAAACCCAGGAAAUGUGUCAUGCUCAAUUAGGUAGAGAACAGUCAAUUCUGUGACUGAGCUAAAAUUGUGAGCUUUCCGCCUUGUUUUUACUUCAUUCAUGGAAUUUACUAUUUUCCAUAAGUGUGCGCUAUAGUUACUUAGAAUAAAAUGUUUCUUGCAUGAAAAUUGAAAACCAAGUGCUGGAAGCAAAUGCUCUGGCGGCUUAAUGCGUAAAUAACAUUCCAGUCUGUUGUGUGAAGUUUAGAGGUGAGGUUUGGGAUACACUGGUGCCUAGAAUUCCCUUCGUACAUUUCAGUGAGUGACUUGCCUUAAUACAGUAGGACAGAAGCUGAUUUACACACACGUGUUGUACAAUAUUUACAGCUGACAAUGGCCUGGGAGUAAAUAUGACAAAGAAAGAAAAUGGCUGCUCUGAAAUAGUUAUAGAAAUUUUGGAAUUUUGUCGUUUUUAUGUCACCCGACAUUACGCGGUGUCUGUGACCAGUUCGCCAUCAAACAGGCUUCCUUGGGACCUUUCUUAUGUGUUGGGAGGAGACACUUUGCCCUGUUCCCAUUGGACGUUUUGUGGAACUGCCUUUUCCCUGAUGUUUGUCACUUUACUUCUGUACAUCCUGACAGAAAUGUUAAUUCCCUGUUGGUUAGUGUAGUUUAUAUAUUUUAUUCUCUUUAAUUUGUAUCCACUCCACUGUAUUUCGACUAUUUUAUGUGGGGUUAUAUUAUGAAAAACUCACAUUGGACAUGUAAAUAAAGUCUCAAUUUUUCUACAGUCGGUUUUGAGUUGAGCUGAAGUAAAACAGACCGCGAAAAAUAUCCAUCUCGCAGUGGUGUGACAUUAAAACUGAUUUAAUAUGAAAAGGUUUGCUUUUACCUCCCAUGUUGUUCGUGUUGAAGACCUUCAUUUUGCGUCUCUCCCUCUGUUGCCCCGCUGUUGUAGCGGUUAAUGAUGCUCCAUAGAGAAAUGUGGCUCUGUGCGGUGUCUGCUAAAUUCAGUUAUUUCCAUUAGCGGUAAAUUAACGGAAAUACCUAUUCUGACACAUUUGUCAAGAGGCCAUUUCAAAGACUUGUCAUAUUUGUAAAUCCCUUGUGAUUGUAACUUGUACUAGUGAAAGCUUCAAAUAAGAUAAAUCAGUGUAAGUUGCACUUUGUUAUACCAGGGUAAACUAUGUUGACAGGAAAACUGAUUUCCACAGUGGGGCUGAGAGUGAUUUCAUGACAGCAGAUACUACUAAUGUUAUUUUAUAUUUUGGAGUGCUACCAAGUUGGCAUAAUUAUUAUUUUGUUUUUUAUAUUCACCCAUACAAUGCACCUGAAAUACUAUUGCUUAAGUCUAUUGAUGUAAGCUUUCUUUUCUUUUUAGAACUGUGAAAAACUUGAUGCAUUAUAUGUGCCAUGUUAAUAUGCCUUUAGCAAAUCACGGUAUUUGAUGUUUGCCGGUUCAGAAAGCACCUACUGUACGUCGGGAGACGGGAGUUUGUUGUUGAAAAGAAGAGGAGAAUCUGCCUUUUCCCCGCACUGAGUCCAUGUGGAGGCGACCCCGUCACACGCAAGGGAACUAAAAACAGUGGAGAGCUUCUGAUGAGGCUCACAAGCAGCACGAGCGUGACCGCACUUCUAGCAGUAAAGGUCUCAGUGCCUCUUCAUUCGUGGUGACCGAGGCUUCAUGGUUGGUUCAAGGACACGGACUUGUGAUGAACUGAAGUCGGGUUGACACGCUGCGGGACGUUAUUGCACCGCCCUGCUUUGCCUUAAGGCUCAUGUCAUUAUAACCGGUGAUUGUUAUGAAUACGUCGCUCCAGACUGAGCAUCCAUUCUUCCGCUUGCCUGAGGAGGGGGGUGGGUCGAAUGAUGGGUGUUUUGUACAGCUGUAAAAUGUUUCCUCACAUAAAGAUAAUCGAUUCCCUUAUUAAAAACGUAAUUUCACAACUUUUGGCAGAGUUAAUGGAGUUCUCGACGUUCUGACUUGCAACGCUUUGAUCUCAAAACUUCACUAGAGAGGUCACUUUUUGUGCAGAAAGAAGCGAGUCAAAGAAGGUCCUCUUUUGACUUCUGCAGUAAACAUGCCUCUCAUUCUCACAUCAGAACCACAGCUGACGCUUGCUUUUAGGCCUUAGAUCUCUGUACAUUGUGCGUGGUGUUGUGAACACUGUUGCCUUUUCUUUUUCUUUUUCUUUUUGCUUAAAACGUAAUAUUUAAUAUCCAGGGGUGCCCAAAUCCUGCCUCUCUCACACGUUUUGUUUAUUCUCUCCAUCUCUGAUGCAUUUGUGUAAAUCUAUUGUUCAAAUUUCAGAAUUUGAUACAUUUGCUUUUCCAGUGUAGUUUUUCUGGCCCCCAUUGUAAAGCUCAAACCCGCUGUUUUGUAAAAGGCAGGAUGAGAACACCCCUUUGCAGUUAGGGCUAGGCUUCCCCAGCUAUUUCUGCAGCUGAACGCGACUUACUGAGCUGAUGUGGCUUACUGUUGGUGGCUGUAAGAGCGGACACGGACUUCUUGCACUAUGAGGGGGAUUGCAGUUCAAAUAGGAGAUGUUGGAGGAGUUGUUGGACUAACUGUGAAAUGAGCAUUAAAAGGGAAACGGAUUUGGCUAUUUCAGGCUUUUCCUGUGUGAGUUAGAAUGACUUUAUCUGUCCCAGUUAGUAGGCCUUUACUAUUGUAUUAGUUUUUUUAAUAUCGGUUUGAAUAAGAAGAAGAUUAGAGGAGAAUCGGAACAUGCCACAUUCAGCGCUCGUAUUUAGCUGGGAAGGAAAUACUUUUAUCGGUUUGAAUGUUUGCACAAAGUGCAUUUUAAUGCCUGUUUUAAAAUGUUUUCCUAAUCAAGCAUGUGUUGGUAGUAACCUUCAGGUUUCUUGUUUGUAAAUUAUAUUCUGAUGCCAACGGAUCAGAAGUAUUGGACGCCGCCUUUAUUAAUGCAAGGUGACCCAUUUUGUGUCUUUCAUCCACUGCAGUCAAUGUAAUUCUUGUACAAGUUCUAUCACUGGGUGUUGUACCAUAUGACAUUUGUAAUUAUGAAAUAAAACACUGCCGUUUGUAUAAA